AUGCGACCCAUUAAUGUUAAAAUCUUUACUGCAGCUUUGCAGGGAGCCUUCGCGGAGCAUCAGGCGGUCGUACACAGACUAUCUCUGCCCGUUCGCCCAGUAGUCGUGCUAGUCCGGACCCCCGAAGAAUUGGCCGUCUGCGAUGGUCUCAUUAUCCCCGGCGGAGAAUCUACUACUAUUGCACUUCUAGCACGCCUAUCAGGUCUUCUAGAUCCGUUGAGGGAAUUCGUGAAAACCAAACCUGUCUGGGGGACCUGUGCUGGCGCCAUUCUCCUCGCACAAUCAGUCGUUGGCGCGAAAAAGGGGGGACAGGAGCUGCUGCAAGGAAUAUCGAUAUCGAUUGCUCGAAAUGGCUGGGGGUCGCAAGUGGAGUCCUUCGAAGUGCCGUUAAGUGUCGAGGGAAUGAAAAAUUCAGAAACUCCGUUUAUUGGUGUUUUUAUACGAGCUCCGGUCGUCCUCGAACUUUCAUGUUCUCCUGAAGACAAGCCAAUACAAGUCCUCGCUCGAUUACCCGCAGAACUUUUACCCCCAGCUCUUUCAGGUCUGGACGACUCAGAUCCGAAGACCAUCGUGGCCCUUCGACAAGGCCGCCAUUUGCUCACAACCUUCCAUCCUGAACUGACCCCCGACGACCGUUUCCAUGACUACUUUGUCAGGCAUUGCGUGUUAGGCACCAUUUGA